GAAACCUAAAUUAGCAAUCUGGCCUCCUAACUCGCGAUCUCCUUUCAUGCAAACUCCCUUCGCCGAAACCACUGACCCUAAGCUCCGUCUCCGUCUUCGUCAACUUCUUGAUCCCAGCACAAGCGCAGGAGGAGGAGAACCAAUGUUUCCGCCCCCUUCCUCAUUCGUCUCCAUCCUUGCCCAUCUUUGGGUACAAGCCAAAACAACAAAGAAGAUUGUGUUGACACUUCAAUGCCAGAGCUGUAAGCAUUAUUCACGUCAUCCAAUAAAAAGAUGCAAGCACUUUGAGAUUGGAGAAGACAAAAAGGGCAAGGGAACUUCUCUCUUCUCGUUUGUUUUUUUCUUCCAAAUUCUAGGAGCAGCAACUACAUGCUAUGUGGCACUGCAUCCGAACCUCAGGAGUGUGACUGGAAAGUACUUCGACGAAGAACUAUCAAGAAGGCUUUGGUAUUUAAGCGAGAAGAUGGUUAAAGCCAAUGAGUAAAGAGAAUUCAAGUUAAGAGGAUAAGUAGCAUCUAUCAAGAUCCUUUAAGUUUAUGUAAUAAGAUGUAGUUGAUAGGACUAGUUUUGAGUAUCUUCUAAUUAAAAUUUCUUUGUAUGCGAGUAAUUAUGUUUGUUAUAGAAGUGUAAGGAUGAUAAUUUAUAUAUUUAUCUCAGUUGUUUAUUUAAUAA